AUGCCCAACCCGCCAUCAUCAUCACACUGCACCUUCCUCGCCCUACCCCCUCCGCUACGCCUCCGCAUCUACGAGGCGUUCGCCGCAACUCUCACCGACCCCGCAGCAGUGGACUACUCGCUCCUGGAAACUUGCCAACAGAUCGACAAUGAAGCCGCCCCGAUCUUUACCGCGGCGGUGUUGCGUCUCUCCGAUCAAUGGGCACGCGAGGAAGGAUGGCAUGAUCGCUGGUUAGAGGCUCUUCCUACUGAUCUUCUACGUUUCGCGCAGACGCUCACGUUGAUGGAAUGGCAGGGUCUUCUGAUCGAUCGCCGAGGAGGACGGGACGAAGCAAUCGACGAUAGGGGUUUCUUCUGCUUGAAUGAGGAAACUGAUUCGACCGCUGUCUUCAUCACACAUUUCCGUUAUAUGCUUCUUUUACUACAUCUACAAAAGUUCUCUGGAAUAAUAUGUGACUUAACACGAGGAUCUCGGGCUGCCAUAGCCAGCGAGCUCUACAAGAUCGGCUGA